AUGAAUAAUCGUCAACUUUUAGCUUGUGCAUUCGUGACACUUUUCGCAUCGACUUGUCUUUCUCCAGGAUUAUGUUUACCAUCGACUGGACGUCCGGAAUUUCGUAAAUUUGCGGAAAAACCAAACAAUUUAAAAAAAGUUUCAAUCGAUAAUAAUGCGUUGGACGAUGUUACAUCCAAUCAAAUUCAGGAUUCUGGAUUUUCAUGGUCUAACAUGUUGGGUAUGAUAAUGCAAAUGAUAUUUAAUCCCGCACAAGCAGUGGGACCCAGCAAAUCCGAUUCUUUGGAUGCAGAUGGAGGUUCAGGUUCGUCACCCUGGGCAAAUAUAAUAUCCGUCGGUCUUAAAAUCGUGACGAUGCUUUUAGGAGGUGCCGUAAUGCCAACAAACGAUGGCAUCGAUAAAGUCGACAACGGAUCGUCACCCAUGCAGUUCAUUAACAUCGUCGUGAACCUUUUGGACGCAUUGAAAACAUCUUUCAGUCACAGAUCGAUGGAAGCGAGAUCACUCGGUAAAAAAGAUUCAGUUUCUGAAGCCGCCACUGCGAGUUUAACGAUGCUCAAAGCCUACGUGAGAUCAUUUAAAACGAGCGAUGAUAAAUGUUUGCAAAAAUACGUUUGCGAAGCUAACAAAGAAUGUUCCUCCGAUUUAUCCGGGACUAGCACUCUAUACUGUCGUCUGGGAUCGUACGCAACGAGCUUUCUUAUGGAAAGAGUAUCGACGGGUUCGUUCGAUUCGUUUUACACCGCUGGAAGAAGAGGAAGAUCUGGAGAAGACUGUCAAGCUGUUUAUGUCGAAUGUAACGAAAUAUGA